AUGACUAACGAAGAUAUUUUUGAACGAUUACGAAAUGGUGAAACUGUACCUUUCAACGAUUCACAAAGUCAUCGAUCAAUGGAAGAAUCUUACGCAACAAGAAAGCUAUUAUUACGCAUGAACAACUCACCAGAUCCAGAUGAAGUCAGACAGAUUCUCGGUGAAAUCACCAACAAGCCAAUUGAUACCACUGUCAAUGUAUUCACUCCACUAUACAUCAAUUACGGGAAAAACUUAACCAUUGGCCAAAAUGUGUUUAUAAACUUCGAUUGCGUAUUUUUAGAUCUUGGUGGGAUCACAAUUGAAAACAAUGUUUUCCUAGCUCCGAGAGUAAGUUUAUUAUCAGAAGGACAUCCAAUUCUGCCCGAAGAAAGACGUGCACUUACUACAGGGCAUAUUCAUAUCAAAUCAAAUGUGUGGAUUGGCGCUAAUGCUACUAUACUUGCUGGUGUUACUGUGGGAGAAGGUGCUGUGGUUGCUGCUGGUGCUGUCGUGUCUAAAGAUGUACCACCCAAUUACAUGGUUGGAGGUAUACCUGCUAAGGUCAUUAAACAACUUUCAUAG